GUAUGGAAAAUAUGCAUACUGCAUUAUAGUUAUCAUAAUAAUUGUUACAGUUGUUUGUCAGCGACCUUUGUUUUCUUUCCUCAUGGCAGGUACAACGUUCAUCACAAAAAUGACGCCGGAGUAAUCCAAGUGCUUGACUCCUUUUUCGUUCAGUAUUUCUCUCCCAGUGGUUUAAAUCCAUUGCCAAAAAACGUGGUCUUCGUCAUCGACAUCAGUGGUUCAAUGGAAGGUCAAAAGAUUGAGCAAACGCGCCAAGCCAUGUUAGCUAUCCUCGACCAGCUUCGCGCAGACGAUUCAUUUAACAUCGUCCUAUUUAAUGGUGAUACGGUAAAGUGGAGACCUUCAACCUCGCUCGCAACUAGUGACAAUAUUCAAGCUGGUAAAAACUUUGUCGAACAAAACGUGAACGCAGGAGGCAGUACCAACAUCAACGAAGCUCUUCUUUUGGCUCUAAACCUCCUUGGAGAUAUAGCUCGUCAGGGGGAUUCGUUCGCUGCAGGCAAUUUUUCGAUUGUACUGUUUCUGACAGAUGGUGAGCCAACCGAGGGGGUUGUCGACGGUCAGCAGAUCCGUGCUAACAUUCUUAAGGCGAAUACGUUAAAAGCUUCCAUAUUUUCUCUAGGAUUUGGCUUUAACCUAAAUAUGAAUUUGCUUACUGCACUAUCAGCUGAAAAUGGAGGUAAAGCUCGUCGAAUCUAUCUAGCUAAGGACGCUGCGAGUCAACUAGAAGGAUUUUUUGACGAGAUCAGCACGCCUCUGUUGGUGCGAGUUCGAUUCGAGUAUCCUCAGGACAUGGUAGAUAACACACAAGUCACAGCUACAGAAUUUUCUCAGUAUAACGAUGGAUCGGAGCUUGUUGUGUCUGGAAAGCUUAAGGAAGGACUCAGUGAUUCAAGGCUGAUGCCUGUUAAUAUUCGGGGUACCUCUAGCAUCAAACCUGUCUUUUAUACUCUGACACACACUCUCCAAAACCUAACCGUCUCACCAGAUGAGGUGUUAGUCAAAGACUUUCCUGAGAGGCUGUGGGCUUACAUGAAAAUUAAGGAGCUGUUACUCGAUCUCCUGAUAACGGAAAAUUUAGAGGAAAAGGCUCGGCUGAAAUCAGAAGCGCUGAAUAUUUCAUUGAAGUACAACUUCGUUACGCCGCUCACAUCCUUCGUAGUUGUUGAGUCAGAUUCUUUUUUAAAAGAUGAGAACUUUCAUGUACAAGGUGGAUCGGUUUUCAACGGUAAAGGAGUCAACUCGUACGACUCACGCGCAUCAGCUGCAUGCAAACCUCCGUCCGUUGAGUUGUUAAUUUUUGUUAUGACCUUGUUUUUAGCGCGAUAUUCGUUCGUAAGUCUUGCAUAG